AUGGAGGGAAAAUUGUCACAGAUACAAGAACAAUUGCAGAAGUUGAUGGAAGGUAUGGUGAAUAUGAAUGAUAGAAAUGUACAGACAGAUAAGGAAUUAAUGGAGAUCAAGCAAGCCCUAGGAAAUGCGAAACAGAAGGACAAGGAAAUGGAUCAGAAUAGAGCUGAAUCAUCUGUGGGUGGAGACAGAGAACAGGGGUUUUGCAAUGCAGCUGGGAAUUUCCAAAUUCUAAUGAGGGUGAGAGUAGCAUCUAUCCAUUUGGAUGGUGAAGCUAUUGCUUGGCAUAGAUCAUACUUGAAGUCUAGGAAUUCAGUUAUAGACCCUUCUUGGUCUGAGUAUGUGUUGGCUGUUAAUGAAAGAUUUGGGGAGGAAUUUGAAGAUUCCAUGGAAGCUAUUAAAAAUUUACAACAAACUGAGGAUGUUAGAACAUAUAAGGCUGAGUUUGAUAGGUUAUUGAAUGGGGUUAAUUUGUCAAACGAAAAUGCUAUCAGCUGUUUUCUGGGAGGGUUAAAACCUGAGCUCAACAAAGCUGUUAGAAUGCAAGCACCCAAAACCUUAAUGCAAGCCUACAAGUUAGCUAAGUUGCAGGAAGAGGUUUUUGAUGCUCAGGCUAAGUCUUGGGGAAUUAAUAGAACCAGCAGAAAUCAUACUGGUCUUCUCCCUACUCCAUCUAGGUUUCUGGGUGUACAAAAACCUACUUUUUCUAGCACAACUGUCAAGAAACCUUAUGAAUCAAAUGCUAACAGAUUCAGUAAUGGUAAUACUGGUAGAAGGUUAUUGACUGUUGCUGAGAUGGAUGAGAAAAGGGCUAAAAGACUGUGUUUCUUGUGUGAUGAGAAGUAUAUGCCUGGGCAUGUUUGUAAAUCCAAGAAACAGUUGUAUUUGGUUGAAGUUCCGGAAGAUGGGGAGGUAAUUACGGAGGAAGAAGUGUUAGAAGUGGAUGAGUGCAUGCCAAUCUCCUUACAAGCAUUUACUGGAAGUACAUGUUAUCAAACAAUUAGAGUAACUGGAUACCAUGAAAAACAACCCUUACAGGUGCUUAUUGACACAAGUAGUACUCAUAAUUUCAUUGAUGAGUCAAUGGCAAUGAAGUUAGGUUGUAAAGCUUUGCCUAUACAUGAACAAUCAGUAAGUGUGGCUGAUGGUAGGAAGGUUCAAACUGCUGCAGUGUGUAAGAAUUUGAAAUGGUUACUGCAGGGUACAACUUUCUCUUCUGAUUUCCUACUACUACCAUUAGGGAAUGUUGACAUAGUGUUGGGUGUGCAGUGGUUAAACACUUUGGGUAGGAUUUUGUUUGACUUCAGAAAUAGAACUAUUGAGUUUGUGCACCUGGGAAGAAAACAUGUUUUAAGGGGAGCCAGUAGCCAAAUCAAGACCACCAAGGCCAAAUCCUUGAACAAAAAGAGUGAUGAAUCAGUUCAGGUCUUCAUGCUUACCUUGGUGACAGAUGCAACCUCUGCUUGGCAAUGCAACAGUAUACAAGUAACUCAAGGUACUGAUAUUCAUCCUACCUUAACUGUUUUAAUGGAACAGUACAAAUGCAUCUUUGAUAUGCCUACUACAUUGCCCCCUCAUAGAGGCAUCUUUGAUCACAAAAUACCACUCAUUGACUCAGCUACUCCUGUUAGCAAAAGGCCUUAUAGAUAUCCUGGAAUGAAGAAAGAUAUUAUUGAGAAGCUAGUACAAGAAAUGCUAGAUCAAGGUGUGAUACAACCUAGUUCUAGUCCCUAUGCUUCACCUGUAGUCCUUGUGGGGAAGAAGGAUGGAAGUUGGAGGCUUUGUGUAGACUAUAAAGAUCUUAAUAAAUUGACAGUAAAGGACAAGUUUCCUAUUUCUAUCAUUGAGAAUUUGUUAGAUGAACUAGGAGGAGCUGAAGUGUUCUCUAAGAUUGAUCUUAGAGCUGGUUACCACCAAUUAAGGAUGAAGGAAACAGAUACCUAUAAGAUAGCUUUUAAAACUCAUGAAGGACUAUGA